CGCGAUCCCUGUUGGUCCUUCCCGCCCCCCUCCCCGUCCUUGCCGCCUCUCCUCGAUCUCGAUCCCGACCCGGGGCGACCAUCCCAGAACUCCCAUUACAGAGAGAAACUGCUUCGCCCCCCGGGACGGCAGUUGCGCUCCCGCCUACCUCCCCCUCCCCCUUCCCCCGCGCCCGCAGCGCUCGUACAUGCCCGCUGCCCUCCCCCUGGUCUCUUGCUCUGCCUGCCACCGCUCCCCCGCUUCCACAUUCGAAACCCUACUUCCCCUCGCUCCUUGCGCUCGGCCUCCUUUAUCUCCCUCCUCCUCUCUCCCAUCUCCAUCUUCCUACUCUCUCUCAUCUCCCCCACCUUCCUCCUCUCUCCCACCAUUUCCUUCUUCCUCCUCCCUCCGAUCUCCUCCUCCCUCGCCUCCGUCCCCUGCAUCAUCAUUUUCACCCUUUUCCAGGAAGAUUCAUCCACCUACAUCACCAUCCAGUCGAGCAGCAUCCGUGCAUUCCGUCCCGUGUCAUCAUCUUCAUCUUCAUCGUCAUCAUCAUCAUCAGCGACAUGGCCACCAUCGCCGACACAGCUAUGAGCGACGAAGUGUGGGAGACUUGUGGGAGGGGAGGAGGAGGAGGAGGGUGGUGGUAGUUGGAACAGAGAGCGUGGUGGCGGAGGAGGAGGAGGAGGAGCAGGAGGGGAGAAGGCUUGCUGGGAGCCAACAAGGAGUGGAAGAAGGGGGUAAAGCGCGAAGACCACCAUCGCCAUUUGCUCGUGCUCGUCACUGGACCAAGCUUUGCCAUUCCGUUUCGGGAAUUCUUUCCAUUUCGAGAAUGUAUCCCCGGGCAUCCGCAGGAGCUUCCAGUUUAUCAGGCAUGGACAUCGGCAUCGACACUCUCUUCUUCUUCAGGAAACCAAAUCGACGAAGACGGUGGACGAGCAUCAGAGUUUACGGCGGGGAGGUGGGGACUGUCACCGAUGAGCAUGAAUUAGGUUGUUCCCCUUCCUGCACUUCUCCAUCUCCCUCCUCCUCCUCCUCCCUCCGCACCACCAUCACCUGUCAUUCAAUGUCAUUGAUCCCGAAGUUGUGUGUAGACGAAGGUCUCGUGGAUCCAGUGGCUUUGAAUUUGCAAAGUGCGAGCUGUGAGGACUGUGUCAAUACCGCCUCCACCACCAUCACUUCCUCCUCCACCUCCACCUCCAUUUCCUCUUCCUCGUGCGCCUCUUCUUCUUCCCUGUCCUCCAUCCAGCUCGCUUCAUCAACGGUGCCCCUGCAGAUCCUGCCACAAAUUGCUGUUGUCUGUGACAAAAUUGCAGACCGCGCAGCCGUAGUAGGGAUAGAGGUUUGCAACAGUCCACCAAUGGAGCAGGAGGUUCUUCCUGUUGCUGUGAGUGGCAUCCAGGGUACCACAGACCCCACUAGUACGAGUGUUCAAAAGCGUGCUAGAGAGAAAGAGGGGGAAGAGGAAUUGCAGAUCCUGCCACAAAUUGCUGUUGUUAGUGACAAAAUUGCACACCGCACAGCCGUAGCGGGGAUAGAGAUUUGCGCCAGGCCACCGAUGGAGCGGGAGGUUCUACCUGUCGCUGUGAGCAGCAUCCAGCGUACCACAGACCCCACCAGUAUGAGUGUUCAAAAGAGUGCCAGAGAGAAAGAGGAGGAAGAGGAGUUGGCGGGAAUGCAGGAAGACCUGGCAAAAAGGAAGUUGAGUGGGUUUUCAAUGCGACUGGCACAAGGAGAUGAGCAACUAUGGGUACCUCGAAGACGAAGCUGGAGCUAUGGUGCUGCAGAGAGACGACUUAGGGCCGAAGCUAUAGCCCGUGCUCGAGCAGCGAGCGUGAGGACAGCAGCAGAUGUUGCACAAGAGUUAGCAGUAGCUAACGCAGCAGCAAGGCAAGCUGCGGCAGCAGCAAUGGCUUCCGCGGCAGCAACCAAUGGUGCCACCUCGUCUGCCACUCAGUUGGGCAUGCCCACUGGGUCCGCGGGUAGUUCCAGUGUCGCAGGUUCUAGUCACUCCACCAGUCAAAUGGCGGGCUCGCAGUUAAGCCCAAUGACCCCACGGCAGCGGGAGUUGAGGGAACUCCAGCAAGUUGAAAGGAUUCGCACUAGGCUAGAGAGGGAACUAAAGGAAGCUGCUAAUAGAGAAAAUGAGAUUAGAGAUAGGACAAUCAGAUUGGAAACGGUAGAGGCCGACAAAACUGCACUAGAGGCAAUGGAUGAGUCAACAAUGAACGACGAUGUAAGAGUGUUGAGGUCUAGCUUGUUGUCGUUGCAUGCACAUGUAGACAGGAGGAUGGACUUCAUGCAGGACACUCUGGAUCAGAUAUUGGCUCAGUUGCAGCAGCUAGGACCAAGGCUGCCAACAGUUGCAAGAUCGUCGCUCCCUAUGUCGGCAAUGAUAGGCACCUACCCCCAUGCUGGCACACAACCAAGCGGUUCAUCAGCAGCAACGUCUCAGACUGUUGCUUCUACUUCUUCCGGUCCUGCGGUGGCAGCUACUCCACCACCGCAACAGCAAUCUGUUCCACCACAGGGACAGCAGCAAGGCCCAUGGUACCCAAAGACCCCAAUGAAACCACCUGUCACCUUCUUUGGUGAGAAGAAGGACGAGGAGCUCAACACAUGGUUGAGAACGGUUCCAAUGUGGGUAAGGGCAAAGAGGACUUUGCAAGAGGAGGAAGUGAUUACUGCUGCAUCUUACCUUGAGGGUAAGGCAACCAAAUGGCUAGACGGGAUUAUAGCGAAAGCUGGGUUUGGAAGACGCAUGGCAGAUUGGGCUAAGACCAUGACGUUAGAUGAAUUCAUAGACAUGGUAGAAGCUCGCUGGCAUAAUCCGCAGCAGGCACAGAUUGCCACUGACACCAUAAUAAGACUAGACCAGCGAUGGUACAAGUCCGUUAGGGAGCUUACGACUACCGUGGAGAAUCUCAUCGUAGUCCCAGGCAUUUGCUAUGAUGACCAGGUCUUAUUGACCAUGUUCGUGAGAUGUCUCCCAGAGAAUCUCAGAACACAGUUGGCCAGCGAGGCACGCCUCGAGUAUCACACUUUUGCGUCCUUCUCUAGAAAGGCCCUAGAUUUAGAGGCUACUCUAGGAAGUGCUCAACCUACCACUCCAGCAGAUGGGACGAAGAAGAAGAGUCCACAGGAAUGGAAGAAGAAGGGGAGUAAAGUGAUGAUGGUUGAGUCCGAUGGAACUCAAACUGAGAUCGAGGAACUCACAGACCUGUUGGACAAUUCAGAGUAUGACGGCGAGGAGAUCGCUGAGGGUAGCACCCUCGCCGCAGUUGUAAAGGCUAAGGCAGGUGGCCGAGGGAAGGGCCAUCAAAAGAGUCAAGGGCAGGCCGCCUCCAAUCAGACCAAAGUUGCUGAUUGGGUCAAGGCAGGUCUUGAUCAAGAUGUGUGGCGGGACCGAAGAGUGCGUGGUGCUUGCAUCAACUGUGGGAAUCAUCCCGAAGCCAACGGACAAGCCGAGCAGAUGAACAGAGUUGUACAAGACCUGCUGAGGCAUUACAUCAAGCCCAGCCAGGAUGACUGGGAUGAGAAGUUGCCUCUCAUCGCCAUCCUGUACAACAACGCUGUACACAGCAGUACCGACGUUAGUCCUAAUCAGCUACGCUUGGGAUGGAAGCCUAGAUCAGCUCUGGACUUCCUCCUGCCUGAAAAUCGACCCUCUGCAACUCCAGGCACAUUUGAGUAUGGUGUGCAGUAUGAGAAGUUGCUACAGCAAGCUGUCGAACACAUCAAGAAAGCUCAACAAGCAAUGAUUGCUUAUGAGAACAAACAUCGUCGGCAGUCCACAUUUCAGGUAGGGGAACGUGUCUGGGUCAAGGCUAGUGAGUUAGGACAGGAAUUCGGAAUCUCUCGCAAACUAAUGCCUCAGUAUUUUGGUCCAUGGGAAGUCCUGGAUAUAGUUGGGGAUGAGAUGGAUGGUCCUACCUAUGUUAUCCGUAUCCCUGGUCACUUACGCACUCACCCUGUCUUUCAUGCCUCAAAGCUUGCACCUUUCGCUGAGACAGAUCAAUUCCCUUCAAGGAGAUCAAUGCUGCCCCCAACCAUGGAUGGUCAAGUGGACAUCGACGACAUUGUGGAUCACAGAGAUCUGCCUGUUCCAAAGCCACUGGGUAGAGGAAGACCUCCAAAACCCAAACGGGAGUAUCGCGUCCGAUUCAGGCAUCAUACGGAUCCGAAGGAAGAUGGGUCAUUCACCAGAGAGGAACUGACUGACACAACUCCUCAAGUGGUGGCAGAGUAUGAGAGAAUGUUAAAAGGGAAGGCACCUGCGAAGUAAGCAUCUCAGCGGACUUUCGAAGCU